AUGAGUGUGUCUGAUCUCAGUAAAUAUACCCCAGAAUUUCUUGAAAACCUUACUGAUGAUAGAAAGCGGAAUCAAGCUAUAGCUUCACACCCUAAAGAUUUGGAAGAAGAGAUUAUCAGAGAGAUAACUAAACGAAUCUUACAGAAUAGAUAUGGAUUUAGCAGGAGACAAGUGGAUGAUUUAUUCUCUACCCAAAAAAAUGGAA